AUGCCAGUAAUCAAUAUCGAAGAUCUGACGGAGAAGGAUAAGCUCAAGAUGGAAGUGGAUCAGCUGAAGAAAGAGGUGACGCUGGAAAGGAUGGUGGUUUCAAAAUGUUGUGAAGAAGUGAGAGACUACAUCGAGGAGCGGUCUGGUGAGGACCCUCUUGUGAAGGGGAUCCCUGAGGACAAGAACCCCUUCAAGGAGCUCAAGGGAGGCUGUAUCAUUUCCUGA